AUGCGUGCAUGCAUGCUGCUCAACGUGCAGCAGCAGGUGCUGCUGCUGCAGCAGCUGCAGCAGGAACAGCAGCAGCAGCAGCAGCAGCAGCAACAGCAGCAGCAGCAGCAGCAGCAGCAACAGCAGCAGCAGCAGCAACAGCAGCAGCGGAGGCAGCAAAUGCACUGUAUAGGUAGUGAAGGCUGGUGCAUGCACAAGUCGCAGCAGCAGCAGCAGCAACAGCAGCAACAGCAGCAGCAGCAACAGCAGCAACAGCAGCAGCAACUGCAGCAGCAGCAGCAGCAGCAGCAACAACAACUGCAGCAGCAGCAGCAGCAACGGCAGCAUCAACAGCAGCAGCAGCAACAGCAGCAGCAGCAGCAACUGCAGCAGCAGCAGCAGCAGCAGCAAUAUUAUUUGCGUUAA